AUGGGAGACCCUGCGGGAGACACCAUAGCAGUCUCCGUCGAAGUCCCCAUCGAAGUCCCCGUCAAAGCUCCCGUCCAAACCCCUACCGAAGACUUUGUGAAAGUUCCUGUGAAUAAAGAGAAGAGCAAGGAACAUAUAUCCCCGCUUACAGGCAAGGAGCUGAGCAAACACGAGAAAUGGGGCUUGAAGAGUCUCGAAAUAGAGCAGCACCCAGUCUUCUGGGAGCGGGUCAUCUAUUGGUGUAGAGAGUGGUUUACAGAAGCCAAGUGGAGGGAAGUUGUACGCCGGAUUGAGCGGGCCGCAAAAGAAGACAAGGUUAUCGUAUUUGGAUGGUAUCCACCAAUGCAGCCUACGCACUCGACCACCGCAAAAGGCAUCCGACGGCUACUAUGCUCCAGCUCCUCGUCACUCACCUCGUCGACGGGUCCGCAUCCAUUGCGCCCAGCACAUCUCCCACGCAUCGCCAGCUCUUCGUCAGCAAGUGUCCGACCGCGGUGGGAUAUCGUGGCUUCUGGUCCCCCAACCCCACUCUCUGCUACUUCAGGUCCUAUGAAGAAUGCUUUUGCUGAGGGAGGUGUAUGGGCAUCUCUCUCGCCUAAGACACCUGCGAGUGUGGCUUCUGUCGCACCAACGCCCGUCACUGCCGUACCACUCGGACUCUGGGCAUCAGACCCACCCAAUGACCCCGAUGCCAAAGCGGCCUACAAUGAAGUACGUAGAGACGUGAAGAAGAUGGCUCUCCAUCUCUGCGCCAACCGACACGCCCUCCGUCUAUCUUCCGACGGCCAACACGAUGUCAUCCACCCAUCUAUGGUCAAGCCCAAAGACGAAUUGCAAGCCUCUCAAUACGUUCUCGACUCGUGCCAGCUGGAUCUCUCAAAGCAUACCGACACGACUCUUCCGAAUAAAAUAGAGGAGCUCGCCGAUGAUGAGGCUUCACAUCUUCGCCAUUAUAGCAUCCAGACGAUUGAAAAACUAGAAGAUGUCGAUUCAUGGCUCACUGUGAACGAAUAUACGGGGGAAAUCAGUACAACUCUUGAUGCACAACGCAAUCUCUUGCGUGCGAAUCGUGAGAAGCGCCAGAAUCGAGAAACGCAACUCACCGAGGAAGCAGUGCAAUACGCGUGGGCAGCCAAGAUCGUCGAAGACGCUGAGCACAUUGUCAAGUGUCGUGCUGAAGCUGGGGAAGAGGAUAGCAGCGACGAUGAAGGGUAUGACUACGAAAACUUCAUUCGCAGUCUGCGUAGCGCAAGCAGUAGUUGCGUCUCCCUACUCGAGGAGAACACCGCGACUCGAAACCUCAUCCUCCGCGAUAUCUCUUCCGGCGCAUCCACCAUCGAAACCUCACAGCACAGCACUCGCACACCAGGCUACAGGUCCACCAGCAACCCUACACCCACCCCGUCUUCUCUACCCCCUUCCGACCUCCCCUUCCGUAACCACAACAGCAUCCCAGCAUCCCCCUCCCACCGCUCCACCAGCACAACUUCUGCCCACCCCCUUCGCCCCCGUCCUCGCCCCACCUUCAUAACCACAACCACAACCCCCAACCUCAACACCGACCUCCGCACCUCCCGCCGCCACGCACCCACCCUGCAAGACCUGACCGACUGGGCCGACGAACUCAAGAAAAUGGAGCGCAAACGCACCGAACUCCGUCUUACGGGCUCGUUGACGUAUGAGACGGAUGUGCAUCCUGCCCUACGACCUGCGCCUGCGAUGGAGUGUGGUAUGCGUGGGGAAUUUAGGGGGAGUAUGGCGAGUACGGAGAGUAGUGUGAGUUGGAGGUGUGAGACUGCGUCGUUGGUUGAGCGGGAGGGGGCGGUUACACCGCGGGGAGAUGGGAUAUUGGGUGUGGGCCGUUGCACUUGUCGCCGCCGCGUCUGCUUAGUCUUGGGAGUGUGA